UCAAAUUGUUUUCGAAUAGAAAAAAAAGAAAGAAAUGAAGAUUUUUUCUCAUGUGAUUUUAUUUAAGUAAUCACACGUCUUUAUCAUAAAUUAAUCGACGGCACGUUUUCUCGUGUCAGUUUUUUUUUUUCUCGUGUCAGUUUUGGUACUGAUCAUCUUCUUCUUCAAUCCCGAGAGACUUGAAUUCAAGAAGCAAAAACAUGGUGAGCUUCUUCAAGGCAUGGGGUGUAGUGAUCCUCUCACUGUGUUACACUUUUUUGAUUGGCAAAUUGCUUCCAAAAGGAAUCAAAAGGCUGAUUCUGAUCAUCCCUGUUUUCUUCAUCUUCUUCAUUCUUCCUUUCUUGAUGAUUCCUUCCGUGCACUUACUCGGCGUCACGGCUUUCUUCAUCGCCUGGCUCGCAAAUUUUAAGCUCUUUCUCUUUGCAUUAGGACGCGGUCCUCUCUCUUCGAAUCCUAAACCCCUAUCUUUACCUGUUUUCUUAGCUGUCUCUUCUUUGCCCAUCAAGAUUCAGCUAAAGUCUAAACCUUUAAAAUCUCGCUCCCAUGAAGGAUCCAGAGAGGGUCCUCUGAUUUAUACCAUUAAGGCUGUUAUUUUGGUUAUUCUCAUCAAAGUCUACGAUUACAGCAGCAAACUUCCCGACAAAGUCCUAUUGAUUCUUUACGCGAUCCACAUCUAUUUCACCCUCGAGCUCAUCCUAGCUGCCAUGGCUGCUGUGGUUCGAGCCAUGUCCGAUCUUGAGCUUGAGCCACAGUUCAACAAGCCAUACCUCGCAACAUCACUACAAGAUUUCUGGGGGAGACGAUGGAACCUAAUGGUCACGGGGAUCCUACGACCAACAGUGUAUGAACCCAUGGUCCAGCUGUUCUCCAUCUUGGGCCGGAACUGGUCCAAGGUUCCUGCCAUUUUCGGGACGUUCGUUGUCUCGGGGAUAAUGCACGAGCUCAUCUUCUUCUACAUGGGACGGUUGAGACCAGAUUGGAAGGUAAUGUGGUUCUUCCUUAUAAACGGAUUUUGCACGACUGUGGAGAUUAUCAUCAAGAAAGCUAUAAACGGAAGGUGGAAACUCCAAACAGCAGUCAGUCAGUUCUUGACACUCGGGUUUGUGAUAGUGACAGCUUUGUGGCUGUUCUUGCCAGAGUUUGAACGGUGCAAGAUAGCUGAUAGGGCUCUUGAAGAGUACAAAUCCAUAGGCGCGGUAGUAUCUGAGAUUAUGAGCAUGACUGCUUCUCUUUUUUAAACUUGCCAAAAUCCUGAGUGAUCUCUAUUGUGACUUUUUUUUUUCCCUAACACUACAGUAUGUAAGUUUCUGCAACUCAACUCCUUCAUUUACAUGGAACAGAAAUCAAGCAAGUAGUGGAAGUUUAUAAUACUAUACAUAAAAGAAAAACCUUGCAAACACUAUAUGAAACUAGACGACGGGAAGAAAACUCUCUAGUAGAGGCAAUAACAUGCAAAAU